AUGAACAAAGGUGGGUAAAUAAAAUUAAACUAUUAUACUUUUUUAGAACCUGUAAAAAAGGAAACGUCCGUAGAUGCUCAAAAUAUUGGCAAAGACACACCAAUUAUUCAAGAGGAUUCGAUAGCUGUCAAAGGUAUGUUGCCAGAACUUGAACACGGCAGCUUUCCACCUGCUUCUUGAAGACAAUGGAUCUACCGACUGGACACAGCGUAAAAGUUAUUAGCGUAGUAUCGAAAGCUCGGCGUAAGAGUACGUAUCAGAAUCAUGGUCCUGUGGCAAUUAGCAGAUGUCAUAACCGAUGUCUAGAAGUUGCCGACGGAACGGAAAGUUUUGCGCUCUUCAAUCAGCUCUUAUAGGACAAGCACCAAUGAUUUGAAGGCUCAAGUUGGCAAAACCUUGAUUCAGAAUUCAGCUCUGAAAGUGGAGAUUUCGACAGUAGACGAAUCAUAAGGAAAAGAGAUUGAUAUCAUCUUGUUGACAACGAUCAGCAAUAGCAAUGACUUAGCUGGUUUCGUCGAAUGUACCGUAAGACUGGUUGUCUUGUUGACAAGAGCUAGUAAGGGUUUGAUGAUUAUUACCGAUGUUAAUGGCCUUUCAGUUAAUUCUCGAUGGUCUAAUUUGUCCUCAAAGAAAAUCUUUUUUUGAUAACAUAAGUCAUAAAAAAUUAAAAAAAAUAUAUUAGGAAAGACAACGUUUAUUUUUUUGUGAAUAAGAGACUAAUUUAAAAAAAAAUAUUAAAAAAUUUUAUGUUUAUUCCUCAAAAAUCGAAAUUUUUGCUAUUUGGACAGACAUUUUUAUUCCUGGCGAUUGAUCAACGUGUCGAGUGGCUGUUUAUAAUGGUUUUAUUGAGUGCCGAAAUAACGUACUUGCUUACAGUAUUCGUGGUGUUGUUGAUUGGUCUUAUCAAUGGCUUCGGAUUUUCUUAUCUAAUGUCAAAGUUGAACAAAGGAGAAGAGCCGAUUUCGGUGAGUUUAUCACAUUUCUUCAAGACUUGAGCAGUAGUGACUCAAAAAAAUUUGAUUUUCUAAAACAGUACCUUCUAUAGGACUAAAAUCUUAUGUUAAGUUGUUCAAAUAGUUCUGCGCUCCCUCUCAAAACAAAUUUUCGAAAUUAGGGGCACAGAAUUAUUUGAACAACCGAAUAUAAAACUUUAAAUAACCUUUUUACAUUAAUAUAAUGCGGAGCUUACCUUUUAGCUAUUGAUAAAUAGUAUUUGUUACAGUAUGACAACAUCUACCCGGGCGGGCCAAGUGGUGCACAAUCUAGAGGACAAAAGUCGACCAUGCCCGUCAAAGCAGAGGUAGCCAAAUCCAGAAGUGUCAAAUCGGCCAAAGAACCCAACAAGAAAGAACUCGAGGAAGCCAACGCCAAGGCCAAGAAGAAGUGA